UCAAUUUGUAAGCACAUGGUCUAAUAGAUGUGUACGUCGUAUGUACAUACUUCUUUGUUGAUUGUUAUUAUUCAAUUUAUUGGAUUUAAGUAAUAGUGUAUUUAUUUAUUUUUAAAUAAAUAGGUCACCAUGGAUGCACUACUAAGCGAUGCACGGUUUGCUCAUGUUGCGAAGGAUCCUAAAUUUAAAAGGAUUCCAAAAACAGAACGCAAAGUAAAGAUAGAUAAGAGAUUCCAAGGUAUGUUUAAGGAUAAAAAAUUUGCUGUUCGAUAUACCAUUGACAAAAGAGGCAGGCCUGGAAGCCAAACAUCAUCGGAAAAUCUGAGAAAGUAUUAUGACUUAUCCAGCAGUGAGGAGGAUGAAGAGGAAGAGGUAGAAAAUGAAAAAGAAAAAAUAAUUAAACAGAAACCUGUUACCAUUGAAAGUAAACAGAAAAUGAAGCAAGAGAAAUCAGGUAGAAAAAAGAAUAACGACAAACAACUAAAACAUAAGUCAAAAGAUAUGAACUAUGUAAAGAAUGAUUUGAGUGAUAAGGAUGAUGAUGAAAAUAGUGAUUCAUCAGAUAAUUGUUUUUCAAGCAAUGGAGAAUUACUUAGAAUUAAGCCACAAGAAUGUACUAAAGAUUUUGAAAAACGUACAGAGUCUAAAAAUGAAUCUGAGUCUGAGUCCAGCGAAGACAAUGCUUCAAAUAGAGAUAGUUUAAGAGCAGACUUGAAAGAGAGUAAGAAACAAUUGCAUAUUAAAAGAAAAAAUGAAUCUAACAAGCUUACAGAUAAAAUAAAAGAAAAAUUAAGAGAUUUAAGUAUAAAUUAUGCAAGAGGUGAAGGAGUUUUAGUGACAGACAGUUCUUCCGAUGAUGAUGAUAGUGAGGAAGUCUCAGAUGAAGAGAUUGAACAUAACUGGGGUGAAUUGGAUAAGGAAGCUGAUACAACAGAUGAAAUCACACAUAGAUUGGCAGUGUGUAAUAUGGAUUGGGAUAGAAUCCGUGCUAUAGAUUUAAUGGUUUUGUUUAAUUCAUUUUUACCAAGUGGUGGCAUCAUUCGUUCAGUUACUAUCUAUCCUUCAGAGUUUGGCUUGCAACGCAUGAAGGAAGAAGAAAUCACGGGCCCUAAAGAAUUAAUAGAAACGAGCAACAAGAAAGACUUUGAUGAUGAAAAUGAUGAUGAAGAAGGAUCAGCAUAUCACAUGGAAAAAUUGAGGCAAUACCAAUUAAAAAGAUUGAAAUAUUACUAUGCUGUUGUUAUUUUUGAUUCGCCUGAAACUGCAAAUAAAAUUUACACGGAGUGUGAUGGCACAGAAUACGAAUCUACUGCAACGAAGUUGGAUCUCAGAUUUAUACCAGAUGAUACAGAGUUUGAUCAGACUCCAAAAGAAGUUUGCAACGAGAUACCAGAGCUUUCUAAGUAUGAACCAAGACAGUUUACUACAACAGCUCUGCAGCAAGUUAAUGUGCAGCUAACAUGGGACGAGACAAAUCCAGAAAGGUUGGAGAUUGCACAGAGAUUGAAUUCUGGAAAAUUGAAUGACAUUAAAGAUAGGGAUCUACAUGCAUAUUUAGCUACUGAUUCAAGUAACGACGAAGCAGAAGAAGAUGUAGAAAAGAAGGAAGAGAACAAAGAGGAAUCCGAUGCGGAAACAAAUGUUGAUCCAAUUGAAAAGUAUAAAGCUCUGUUAAAAGAGAUUGAAGAAAAGGAAGAAGCAAAGCAAAACAAAGACGUUGAAUUAGAAUUCACGUGGGGUUUGGGAACGCAACAAAAGGCUGAAAAAUUGGUAGAAGAGAAAAUGAAGAAAAAUGAGAACUUAACACCAUUUGAGCAAUACUUGGAGAAACGUAAAGCCAAAAAGAAAGCUAAACAGGAAGAGCGAAAGAAACGCAAAGAUGGAAAUAAUAUUGCAUCCGCAAAUUUUGAAGAGUCUGAUUCGGAUGAUAGUAAAAGAGAUGAAGAAAUUACGACUAAAAAAUUCUCUGGAAAGAAGAAGGCAAAGAAAAAUGGUAAUACGUCUCUAUCUGAGGACGAUGACAACGAAGAAAAACGUAAAGCUGAAUUGGAACUUCUUUUAAUGGACGAACAUCAAAAUGACGGUAAACGACACUUCAAUAUGAAGAAAAUUGAAGAAAAUGCUACAAUGACGAAAUCGAAACAAAAACGAAUUAGUAAAAAGAAAAACGCACAGCAGAUAGAGGAAGAUAAUUUCGAAGUAAAUGUACGAGAUCCAAGGUUCAAUACAUUGUUUACAUCGCAUCACUAUAAUAUAGAUCCAGCAGAUCCACAUUAUAGGAAAAGUAAGGGUACCCAGGCUUUAAUUGAAGAGAAAUUGAAAAGAAGAGCAGAUAGCGACCCCAUACACGAACGUGAAAGCAAAUAUCAGAAGAUGAAGCCUAAUUCAGACUUGCAAAUAUUGAUUAACACCAUAAAAAGAAAUGCAAAAAAUAUUGCACGACCAAUAAAAUGAUUUUUCUUAAAACAAUGUUUUAAUGAAAGAAUUUUUAAACAUUUAUUACUGUUUAAAAGGUAUUCCACGAUACUGUAUGUAAAUAAAACUUGUAUAGAUGAAUAGAUCGAAUUGAUUAUCCAACUAUCAGUUACAAAUAUUG